GGAUAUUUUGAGCCUCCUGACACGUCACGGGGCGUUUGCCGCCGCCGCCGCCGACCACCGUCGCUCUAAUCGCCGGCUUCCUCUUUGUCAGAUGCCGACGCGCUUCCACCUCAGGAGUCUGUUGCUGAAGGUUCCCUUCACGAUUUGGUCACCAUGAUUGUUUUGCUCGAGCUGCCUUUUUGUCCUCACCAAAAGGCGCACGUCCGCUGUAUGACGCAUCUGCUGACGUUUUUUUGCUUUCAAAUUUUGGCUUUGAUGAUGUGGUCCACCUUCCUGGUGACGGACGAGGAGGGCCGUGCGGUAGGCCCGGCCGCUGCCCACUCGGUGGGAGUCGUGGGCGGCGGCGGGGGAGCCCAAGGCAUGGGCGGCCUGGCGGGCCUCAUGAGUGGACGCAGCACAUUCGGCGGCAACAAACGCCGCAGGGCCGGACACCACGCCAUGACAGAGGCACAGGAAGGCAAGAUUAAGCUGGCAUUCUUCGUGGCUAUCGUGGGCGUCAUCCUGACCGUGCUGGGCGUGGGAACCGAGUUUUGGGUGGAGCUGGCGCCACCCAAGAGUUUCUACGGUAACCAGACAUGUCCGGCCAUGCAUUUCGGCCUGUGGAAGGCUUGCAGCAAGACGCUGUGGGUGGCUGACAUCGACCCCGACAGGGAGAGCUGCGGGCCCGCCGAGCUGCCUGGAGAGUCUAACUGCACGUACUUCAAGUUCUUCACAACGGGCGAGAACACCGUCAUGUUCCACAAGACCACGCACAAAAGCCUGAGCAUGGCAUCGGCCAUGUUGGCGCUUUUCAGCGUGGUGCUGAUGGCGAUGGGCGCCAUCUGCAUCACCAUGGCACUCAGCAAGGAAAUAGUCUUCUUCCUCAAGCCCGCCUCUAUCUGCUUCGUCCUUUCUGGAGUGCUGGCACUGCUGUCCCUGCUGGUCUUCCAGCAGUCGGUAUGGUCCCUCCUGGCCAGCGACCACUUGGUGCCGCUGCACCACAACUUCUCCUGGUCUGUGUCGUGCGUGGGCUGCGCCGGCGCCAUCUUGAUUGUGGGCGGGCUUCUCUUCCUGCUGCUGGCGCUUCCUUUCAGCCCCUGGCAGAGGUGCCACAGCGCCGCCAGCUAGUGGCGGGGUGGCGCUACCGCACGUGGCAUCGCCGCAGCCGCCUUGGCGUGGACGUCACCACGGUCGACAUACUCCAAAAGCGCAUUGAUUCCAUUUGCUACUAGUGCUGAAUUGUCCAUUUGACAGACUUUUACACGCCUCGCAUCUCCUCCCUCACUCGACAGACAAUUCAGCGCUCUAGUAGAACCACAUGAGCUUUUCCUGCACUACCAAUGGCGCUUUUGGCCUACUCCAACCUCAAUGAAGUAUCACCUCUGCUGCAUGACGAGGCCCAACCGUCGGCAUGUGUCAUGCACAAGUAGCAUCCUUCAUUCUCCAAGAGAUCCAUUUGGAGUCCAUGUCCUGGCGCACCUUUUGGGCUUGGUGCUAGUGAGGAAAAACUUUGCACCCUCCAACUACUAGUGAAGCACUCGAUGUUGUCUCGUAGCUACUCGUGAGCUUACUGACACAUGCCUACAAGUUGGGUGGGGUGAGUUCUGUGUUGUUCAAAGAACACAAUAGUUUACCAGGAAAGUUGAGUUGAGGAUUAGUGGGCCUAAAGUGACACUCGCAGUGUAGGGAAAGCCGAUCUUCUCAUCUCAGAACUCAAACCUUUUCUUGCGAGUAAAACAUUUUCUCGGGACUACUUUUUCAAUCGCUUGCUGUGUCCGCCUUUGAAUUUGGACACGGCCAUUGAUUCGCUUUUGUUUCUGCUCGCCACAUCUGACAAAUGGGAGGCAAGACGAUGCACGUCCACGCUCGCCUCUGUAAAAAAGUCUUAAGCACGCAAACGAUCCUGCCUCGCUUCAGUCGUCCGGCGUCUGAAAUUGGAAGCUCGUCAUUUGCGAGUUCGACCUGACUUGCUUGCAUUGCUAGCGAGCUGAUGGAGAGAACAGAAAGUCUUCGAAGUCUUAGAUAUCAAAUACAUAAACAUACUUUUGUGCAUAUUGGAUGCGUUUCGGCACCAAAUUGGUUUUGCUGUGUUCGGCGUCAUCUUUGUAGCGUCUGUGUAUAAGACGAUCAUAAAUGUGUACAAGACGAAAGCGUGUUUCAAAAUUCUUUUCACAACAAAACAGAGUAUUCCAGAUGACAAUUGGUGAUAACAAUUCCUGAUCACUUGUAUUUGUUGGAGGAGGUAGACGUGUAAAACGAGGACCAAAGUUGGUGAUCCUUGCUUGACCCCGAUUGGACUUCCUGCAAAUGAAGUGUAAAUGACACAUUGUUCCUGAACAACUUUAUUGAAUAUCAACGGUAGACUUGUAUAUAUGUAGAUUUAUACAUUUCUUUCAAUAUUCAUCCUAGCGCUAUUCAGAGUUGUAUUGCUUUCUUUCAUUCUUUCAGCCAAAGUGGCUGAGAAAUGGCGCUGAUAGAUUUUUUUUCCUGGUGUCUCUUUGAAAUGAAUCAGAUUGACUCAAUACGUACUGGGAAGCUCAAACGACAAGCAAGCUCCCCUUCUUGGCACUGACGCACAUUAAUAAAUGUAUAUAUGUGUGUGUGUGUGUAUGUGUGUGUAUGUGUGUAUGUGUCAAUAUAUGUACACAUACGUUGUCAUGUGUACAUAACCCUAAUCCAUCAUAUUGAGUUGAAGUUGAAUAUGAGCUCAUUAAAAAGUCAAUCACCUGGCAA